ACAACUUUGAGAACUGAGCUGCAGAGCAGAGAAUAUCAUCUGGGAAACUUGAAGAUGAAGUACUUUCUUCUGCCAGCUCAUUUAGCAUUUCUCUAUAGCUUUGCCCUAAGUAAACCUGUCCAGAUAGCUACAAGAAACAAUGACUUAGGUAGUGAAAUAGCUGUGUAUGAGGGAGACAUCCUCUUGAGAAGAGGACGACGCAGUGCAAUUAACUGUGAGAGUUGUUUAUGGCCCAAGUCACAAGAUGGACUAGUCAAGGUUCCAGUUAACAUCUCUUCUGAUUUCUCAAUAACAGAGAGGUCUUGGAUAGCUGAUGCUCUGCAAGAGAUCUCCACACUGACGUGCGUGCAGUUUGUAAAUCGCACUACAGAAACAGACUACGUGUAUGUUGAACGUGGGCAGAGCUGCUGGUCUUACUUUGGAAAAAUUGGAGGACGUCAAGCAGUAGGCCUGGUGAAAAAUGGUUGCAUGGAUAAGGGAGCAAUUCAGCAUGAAAUGAACCACGCGCUGGGUUUCAUCCAUGAACAGGCACGGAGUGAUCGGGACAGGUUUGUCAAGAUUAUGUGGGAACACAUAGUGGCAGGGGAACAAGGGAACUUUGGUAAAAUGAAUUCCAGAAACCUUGGUCUUCCCUAUGACUACUCUUCAGUGAUGCACUAUGGCGCGUAUGAUUUCUCCAGCACUCCAGGGAAACCAACUAUUGUACCAGUUCCUGACCCCUCAAUACCCAUUGGGCAGAGAGAAGGACUGAGUAACUUGGAUGUAGCCAAAAUCAACAAGCUCUACAAGUGCAAUUGCUGUAGCUCUGUGCUGCCUAAAUCCAAAGGCUCGUUCUCCUCUGUCAGUUACCCCUCUCCAUAUCCGAACAACAGCAACUGUCUGUGGUUGAUCCGCAUCCGUCGAAGUAAGGUUUUCCUGCAGUUUGAGGCUUUUGAUCUCCAACCUUCCUCAGACUGUUCUUCUGACUAUAUAAAAAUUUACAACGGAAACAGCAGGAAUUCCCCUGUCUUGCUGGACAAGUACUGUGGGAAGGGUCCACUGCCAUCCUUAGUGGCAUCUGGAUCAACAAUGCUGGUGGAGUUUGCAAGUGAUGAGAGCAUUGCAGCCACAGGAUUCAAAGCCUCCUACAACAGGGUGAAUUGUGGAGCCACUUUCAGAGAUUCAAAUGGAGUCAUCACUUCUCCAAACUACCCCAAUAAAUACCCCAAAAACAGAGCAUGCUUCUGGAUCAUCAGUUCUCCAGUAGGAUACAAGAUAUCUCUUAAAAUGUUAUCCUUUGAGCUGGAAUACAGUGACAGAUGCACCUAUGACUACUUGCUCAUACAUGAUGGAAGCCAGCUUACAUCACCUGCAGUUGGCCCUUACUGUGGGACAGAGAAGGUUGAAGACUUUACUUCCACUGGGAACUUUGUGCUGGUUGAAUUUCACAGUGAUAUAGUUUGGGAGUUGCCUGGAUUUGUGAUGAGUUAUACAUUUGAUAGGUGUGAAGUACCUUGUCUGUAGAGAAAAAUCUUCCUCCUCUGAGGAGAUGGCUGAAGAGGAGAAAGAAAUCACCACCGUAAACAGCUAGCACUUUGCCUUGAUUUGAUGUAUUCAGAAUUAAAUGCUAAUGCCAAACUGAGAGAUGCCAAAAUGUAAUAAAUAAUAAAAGGUUUUGCUGAAAUUAUGCCUUUGUGAAGAAGAGCACGUGGAAAAUGCCAAUUUGCUUUCAUGGUGCUAGGAAGGCAGCCAAGAAAAUUUUGAAUUAUGAUGACAUUUUUGUGUGUGUGUAGUUUUGGGGGUUUUUAAGGAUCUGUAAUGUCUUGCUUUUUAAGCACCAGGUUAAUUUUCACCCACAGAGGUCUGAUAAUUGAUAAAUUAUGGACAUGAGGGUCUAGAGCUCGCUUGCAUCAUGGUAGGAAAGUGCAUGCACAGCAGGCAACAAAUAUUUGUAGUUCUUACAAGUUCCUGUCUUCUGGUUAUAAAAAGCAUCCCUUCAAUUAAUUUGGCUCACUAUUUAGAUUGGCACCUUUUUGGAGAAUGUAAUAAUUUCAGCAGCAUGACAGAAAAUUAAACUCUACUUCUAUUUUUAACCUCAACUUCAGAAUGUAAAAAUGCUAAUUCUUCUCCCUGAGUCUGGGGACUUUCAUGGAGGUGCAAAAGUAAUAAUCCCGUGACAAGUCUGAUUGUAUAACAAAGUUGAAUGGAUCCCUAUUUUAAAUAGAUAGUGCUGAACUGCUUUGUAACUUGAAUAUUACUUUAGAUUCCCUUCCCAUGGCCUGAUGUGGGACCCUACAUAGGUCCAAUGUUUUAGAUGUUCACUCAUAUUUAGUAAAAGAGUGUGAAUAACAUGUUCAAACAGCAAUAUACUACAUAUAGGAAUAUUGGUCUUGCAAUUUGUUCCUAGAAAUAUGGCUUUAAGUAAAUGUGGCAAUAUGAGUUGAUCAGGGUGCUUUAUUUGUAAGCGAGCUCUUCAACAGUAACAAUGUAGAAACACAUUCCUGAAUGUACACACAGGCUGAAAUAUAACAUGAUGAAUAAGUUCUCUCUUUCACAGAAAAGACUUUUCAGUCUGAGAUCUAAGGUUCUGCUUUUAAUGAUUUCUGUUAGGGGUGCUUGCUAACGGCUUGCCUUAAGGGAUAUGCACAUUAGCUGGAGCUUCUACACGUGCUCCAAAACACCUCCUGACCCUCCACAGACAUCAAAACCUCUCAUUAUUUCUAAAAUCUCAGGUUUCCUGACAGUAAUCUCUACUUUAGUUAUCCAUUACUCAUCUAUAAAUCUGUGGCCCACCAAACAGGAAAAUCCAAGGUAGAAAACAUCCUCAUGAAUGGCAUUCUUCCUUUUUAAAAUGAUGGCCACUCACCUUGGCCCACAGUUGGUUGUGAAUCAAAAAUGGAGAAGCUGUAGGAUUCACAAACCCUCCUAAGGGCUUAGGUGUAACCCAAAUGCACAGUGUAAGGGGACUUGCAUCUAACAGACAAUAAUCCUUCCACAACAGCCAUUGCCCAUAUAUAUAAACAUUGUAUAUAAGCUUGCUCUUAAGAUUCAUAGUCUGAGAUGUAAGAAUUAAGAGUAAUCAGCCAGUAGAAACAAUGAACAGUAUAGCCAAAAGUUUAGGAUUCAAAUACCACCAUAGGAAGAUUUUCAGAGGUUCUAAUGAAAGUUCAGCACUCACUCAACACACUUUUGAAAUCCAACAUGUACGAAUUUAACCUUAAAAACCAGAAGUAUCUAGCAGUGAUGAAUUUAUUAUUACCUUAAUUGCGUACAAACCCAGAUCUCUUUAAAGAGAGACACACUUCCAGAAGCCUGUGUGUGUGGAAGAAAUAGGAGUGUUUGUGUCCAGAUGUUCUGCUCUUACCUGCUUUGAGACUGUCCUGGUUCCUACGCGGGAGGCAAAUCAGAGCCUUCAAGUGUUAUGCUUUUGUAGUC